GGUGUUAAUCUUUUCUGAGAAUAAAUCAUUAACUUGCACAUGUUGGGGCCAUGGACCAUGACAGACCGAAUGUCGAUUAGGUUCAUGUCCAAAGAUGCGUUUGGGCUUUUACUGAGGAAGCUGAAGUCUCUUGAGACUUCUUUCUAGUCCAAUUUAUCAACCCAGCACAAUCCCACUUCUGGGGGAAGCUACAAUGAAAAUUUAACAAGUGCAAUGCUAACAGUUCCGGACGUGUUAUACCUAACUGAUCCACAAAUUGGACACGAGAGCUUUUAAUCAGUUCCGGACGUGUUUGACAUGCAUGGACCCAUGUAAGCCGAAAUGCCCCCCUUUCUAUUUCUUUUUUGUGCAUAUGUAAAGAGAGGGUGGUGUCUUUACUGCUAAAAAACUGCAAGUAGCAGAAGCAAAAGAAAAUGUCUCAGGCAACUUUUACACAAGAGGGUCAAAAGACAGAGUCCUUCGGGCUGUUGUAUGGCCACACCAUCCCUGCUGUUGGGUUGGGCACUAGGAGAUCUGGUUCUCAGGCUGAGAACUCUGUCUUCACUGCAAUUGUUGAGGUUGGUCGUGCGACCAAGGCAGCAAUACACGCAGGACUUGAGAGAAGGAAUCUUUUCAUUGCAUCCAAGUUAUGGUGCACAGACUUGUGCCCUGAAAGGGUUCAACCUGCCUUGAAGAAUACCCUUCAAGAACUCCAACUCGAAUAUCUUGAUCUUUACCUGAUACACUGUCCGUUCCGCCUUAGAGGAGCCAGCAGGCCUCCCAAGGCUGGGGAUAUACAGGAUUUCGGCAUGGAAGUGGUUUGGAGAGAAAUGGAAAAGCUUGUCAAGGAAAACCUUGUUAGAGACAUUGGUUUUUGCUAUUUUACUUUGAAGAAGUUGAAUAAGCUGCUGGGCUUUGCUGAAAUUAUGCCUUCUGUGUGCCAGAUGGAAAUGCAUCCAGGAUGGAGAAAUGACAAGAUGCUGGAGGCUUGCAGGAAGAACGGCAUCCAUGUCACUGCAUACUCACCAGUUGGUUCAUCGGAAGGAGGUAGAGAUCUUAUCCAUGAUCAGACGGUUGAAAGAAUAGCAAACAAGCUGACCAAGACCACUGGUCAGGUGCUGGUAAAAUGGGCCCUCCAGAGGGGCACUAGUGUCAUCCCCAAAUCAAGCAAUCCUGACAGAAUCAAGGAAAACAUUAAGGUCUUUGGAUGGCAACUGCCAGAAGAGGACUUCCAAGCUCUUUGCAACAUCCCAGAUGAGAGACGAGUUCUAAAUGGAGCAGAAUUGUUUGUGAACAAGGAUGUUGGGCUCUUUAGGAGCGUGGCUGAUCUAUGGGAUUAUGAAGAUUAAUCCUCGUUAAAGAGGCAGAAAUUUAUCUUCUGCUAUUGAUCCCUGAGGAUGCAGUGUUCUGAGUAGCUAUGGUAGUCUUGUUGCCCAGAUGUUUAGUAAUGCUGUUUGGCAUAUGUGUUUGAGCCUUUACAAUAAAACCUUAGCUAGCAACUCAGAAUCUCAUGCUAUGGUGACAGUUAAAAAUCUGCAUUAAUCUGCAAUUUUAGUUGGUAACAUUUCAAGCUUUUGUCACUUAUAUCUUGAUCUUAAAUCCAGAACAAUGUUGGUCCAUGUAUACUUUUUUAGAAACUAUUCUACCAGACAAAAUAGUUUGCAGUUCAUGUUGCUUUAGAAAAUUAACCCAAAAAUCAUGUCUCUUCAAUUUUU